UGCAAAACUGAAACUGCAGGGUAAUUCACGUUGAGUACCACAAUCCAAACAUAGCUUCAGAAAGCAGUGACAGGUAGAACUACGUGCGAGCUGUGACCCAGAAUCAUUCAUUUUUAAAACAUCUUAUAUUGUAAUUUAUGUCCGUAUAUCGUUGUCUGUUCUGCUGCAAAAUAUUACACCGUCCCGGUGCAUAGGCAGAACUGAAAAGAUUAUUGAGAGGAAAACGAUUUCCAUUGCCUGUACUGUUGCUGUCUGACAGGACGUGGAAGCACUGCAGAUUGUAUUGACUAUCCAUGAGCUCAAAUUUCCAGCACUACAGUUUCAGGAUGCCUAACAUUGGGUUCCAGAACCUGCCCCUCAACAUCUACAUUGUUGUCUUUGGAACAGCCGUGUUUGUCUUCAUUCUCAGCUUGCUCUUCUGCUGUUACCUGAUCAGGUUACGACAUCAAGCACACAAGGAACUGUAUGCAUACAAACAGGUUAUUCAAAAGGAAAAAGUAAAAGAGCUUAAUCUACAUGAAGUAUGUGCAGUUUGUUUGGAGGAGUUUAAGCAGAAAGACGAGCUGGGAAUAUGUCCCUGUAAACAUGCCUUCCAUAGAAAGUGCCUCAUUAAGUGGCUGGAGGUGCGGAAGGUGUGUCCUCUGUGCAACAUGCCUGUUCUUCAGCUGGCACAGCAACACAGUGCCCAGGCUGGGCCGCCGCAGCAACACAGUGCCCAGGCUGGGCCGCCGCAGCAACACAGUGCCCAGGCUGGGCCGCCGCAGCAACACAGUGCCCAGGCUGGACCGCCACAGCAACACAGUGCUCAGGAGGCUGGACCUUCACAGCAGCUUCUGCCCGGGGUGGAGAACAUGGUGUAGCACUCAUUGCUGACACUGCCUUACUUAACAACAACAACAAAUAUAUCUAUACAGAAAGAACUGGUUUAUCUAUGCAGACUUCCAAAAUGUGUGAAUCUGCUGCUUUCCCCUGCCUCUCGUGGAUUUCCUUGGCUUUUCUGCUCUUGAAGACAAUGUUGGGGGGGUGGGGGGGCAUGUACU